AUGCCCGAGGACAAGGUCGAAGCCAUCGAACAUGUCGAGUCCAGUCAUCAUGAUGUCAAGGUCCACCAGGAGGCGAUUGAGGAAUUCCUUCGUGCGGAGAAGGAGAUGACGACCUGGCAGGCCGUCAAGACGCAUCGGCGCCUGCUGCUCUUUGUCAAUUAUCUAGCCGUUCUCCCCUUCAUUUGUGCGAGUAACUAUGGCUACGAUACUGUCUCCAAUGGUUCCAGCAUUGCCAUGCCCGCUUUCAUCAUCUCCUUUGGCGCCGUGGAUCAUGCCACAGGGUCUAUGUAUCUGCCAUCCAUCUGGACGUCGCUCUGGACCUCCAUGACCAACCUUGGCCAGGCCUUGGGCUCUCUGAUAGCCGGUUUUCUCGCCGAACGCAUCGGUCGUCGCUGGACAGCCGUGUCACUUGCCAUGCUUUCUAUCGUGGGCACCUUUAUUCUCUUCUUUGCCUCCACCAGAGGCAUGUUACUGGUUGGCAAGACGAUGAACGGAGCUGUUGUGGGAGGACUGAUGGCGAUCGGAACCACGUACGCCGCUGAUAUUGCUCCCAUCAAGCUCCGUGGUGCUCUCCUGCAGGCCAUCGUCUUCUUCGGCGUGGCCAUGCAGGGCGUGAGCUUGGGAAUCGUGCGCGCCUUCAUCCUCGAUAUGAGACCGCUUGCCUGGAAAAUUGUCUUUGGCAUUCAAUGGGCUUUUGCCGGCUUGGUCUUGAUUGCUGUUCUCCUCGUGCCCGAAUCUCCCAUCUUCUACGUGGCACACGGAAAGCAUGAUAAGGCCCAAAGCGCACUCAGACGCUUACACGGCAGUGCCGACCCAUACCUCCACACACGCUACCAGGCGAUCGUCCAUGCGCUCGACGAGGAGCGGAAGCAGCAGUCCGAAUCGGCUUCCUGGACCGAGCUCUUCAAGGGCUCCAAUCUCAAGCGGACCAUCACCAUUGGGUUCAUCAUGUUUAGCACAAGCGCCAUCGGCGUGCCCUUCCUCACGCAGAACAUCUAUUUCCUCAUCACCGUCGGCCUGAACGUCACCAGCGUUUUCGACAUCGGUAUCGGCGGUUUCUUCCUCGGCUGUUUCUUCGUAAUGCUCGGCUGGCUCUCAAACGAGAGGAUCGGUCGCCGGAGACUCUGGUUCUGGGGUUUGAUCGGCAACUUUCUCUGCAUGGUGACCAUCGGUGCCUUGGGAUUCAGCACGAAGAAGGCGAGCCAGUUGGCCAUUGCCGUGAUCAUGAACGUCCUCAUCUCAUACGGUGUAUACGCCACGGUUGGUGUAGCCUGGACCAUCUGCCCCGAGAUCUCGUCGCUCCGGCUCCGGCAGUACUCGCAGUCUGUUGCCUUCAUUGUGGGCGCCAUCGGCGGUUGGCUGUUCAACUUCAUCACCCCGUACAUGUACAACGUCGAUUCUGGCAAUCUCGGCGCGAAGACCGGGUUUGUGUAUGCCGGGUUGACGGUGGUCGUCACCGUUAUCUCUUGGUUCCUCGUUCCCGAGACGGCAGGCCUCAGUGUUUAA